CAACUAUUUUUUUUAUUUUAUGAGAAUGGAUUCUAUGGUGGUCCGUGAAAUGUUCACAGCAUGAGAAAUUUUUUAAUAACCUAGUCCAGCUUUAUUCUUCUCCACAACUUUGUACCUAUCCUGUUUAGUGAGCACCUUGGUCUUAAUGCAGAGAGAAAAAAAUCUUAUCAAAACAAUCAUGUCUGGUGUCAAAGGAGGACCAUGCGGCCAAAAAAUCCAGUGCCAGGAUCCUUGCAAGAAUCCAUGCCAAGACCCCUGCCAAAAAGUACCAGUCUGCGUAGAUCCAUGCCAAGACCCAUGCAAACCAGGAAAUCAGCAACAAGGUUAUUUCUACAAACAAGAUCCCUGCAACCCCUGCUGUCCAGACCCUUGCCAGAACCAAGGAACAUAUUACUCUAAUAAAUGAAGAUGUCACAAAGCAAUUCAGACUGUCUUCCUCUUUGCCCACAAGAUCUUAUAUAUUCAUCUUCUUUAACAUAUUAUCUAUAGAUUAAACCUUGUUCUAUGUUUGUAAUACAUCCUGCUGCUGAAUAAAAUGUU